AUGAACGACGGAGAUUGGAUUUGUAGCGAUCCAAAUUGUGGAAAUAUCAAUUUCGCACGUCGAGUCUCAUGUUAUCGAUGCAACAAAGAAAGACCUGAUGGAGGCAAAACUUCUAAAAAGAAGCUUGGUACAGAGAUCGGUAAAUCUGCAGCUGAGAAAUCUCGUGGUUUGUUUAACGCCGAUGAUUGGCAAUGUAAUAAAUGCGCGAAUGUCAACUGGGCCCGGCGACAAACGUGCAAUGUUUGUAACGCUCCAAAAUUCGGCGAAGUAGAAGCUCGUACCGGUUACGGCGGAGGUUACAAUGAACGCGGUGUUGUGGAGUACCGGCGUCGUGAGCCAUCUUCUGACGACGAAUAUGACGAGUUUGGAAGAAAGAAACGCAAGCGCAAGUCAGAUACGCAAGACAAAGUUGGCAUCACUGAAGGACCAGUUAACAAAAAGUUGCCACCCACUGUGCUGCAGAAGGAAAUAAAGAUGGAUAAUGUAAUGCAAGUGCCAGCUUCAAAUAUGUCCUUACAUCAAAGUAGAGGAAGAGAUAAAGUUAAUGGCAGCUUGAGUGAUAGUUCUGUUUGUGAUCUCCCUCCACUUACUAAGAGUCCACUGUCAAACAAUUCUAAUAAGCAGCAAAUGCUCAAUGACAGUAGUGGUGCACUCACAAAACCUACUCCAGAUCCUCAUGUGUUGUUUGUUAUGCCAAGUAAUGUAGCCAAGAAGUUAAACAUUAAUUUAAAAUUACCUGAAGAAAGUAAAAAUCAGGAGCAAACACCUCAUGUUAAUGAAAAUGCCCCAGUCAUUGGUAACUUUAAGAGUUUUGCCCUACCUAAACCCAUAUUAUUAAAUAGACUUAAACUAGCUGUAAAACCUUCUGAGAAAUAUUUAAAAAAAUCUGGUGAGGGCAAGAAAAGAAAGAGAAAAAAACAGGGUAAAGCUGGUGCAUCACAUGAUGAAGAGGGUGCAGAAGACGAGGACGAAGAGGAAUCUGGUGAUGAGGCAGACCUUUCUAAGUAUGAUCUGUGGGGCAGUGAUGGGGAACAGGGAAACUCUUCAAAUUUGGUUCCAGAAGAUUCGGAGAAGUCCAAAGAGAACGCAAAUUCAAAAGAAGCGGAGAGUUCAGAACAGACAGUGAAAAAUGGAAAAUCUAGUACACCUGACACAAAGACCAGCAGUAGUAGUAGUAAGAGACGAUCUUGCAGUUCCUCAUCAUCAUCAAGCUCCACUUCAAGUUCCAGUUCUAGUCACAGUUCGACACAGGCGCCUAAAAAUAAAUUCGACGACUUCAACUUGAACAGUGAGCGCGAGGUGUCGCCCAAGCGGCGCAAGUCGAGGUCCCGGUCGCGCUCACCGCGGCCCCGGUCCGCCGCAUCCGGCGCGAGGCGCAAGUCGAGGGACAGCAGAUCUGCAGGCGAGUCGAGGGGCCACGAAUCGUCCCGUGACAAAGAAUGGACCAGGGAUCGAGACCGCAGGGACAGAUCGCGAGGCAGUCGUGACGACAGAAAGGAACGUCGCUACAGUCGCGACGGGCCGAGCAACCACUACGGUGCACGAGGAAGACACCGC